GCGGUGUGCUGCCAGGCGCUAGCCGUGACUCCGUGAGUUGAGGAGCCGAGGCUGGAGGUGUGCAGACGACGGGCGUGAGGCACGGGUUUUAAGUUUUUAACACAUUACUCACUGCAAUGGCUUCCCUAGCACGAGUCAGGCUGCUGCAGCUACGGUCUGUCCUCCGCCCCGUGGUGGUGGGUCAGGCCGCCGCGUGCCGCGUGAGGCCACACGUGCCCCUGGGCCCCGCGGCGCUGGCCCGGCCCAUGUCCUCAGCCCCCAGCUAUGAACACAUUCUAGUGGAGAGAAGAGGUGAAGGGAACGGGGUUGGGCUGGUCAUCCUUAACCGCCCAAAGGCCCUGAAUGCCCUGUGUGAUGGUCUCAUGAAGGAGGUGCAGGCGGCAAUGCUUCAGAUGGAGAGUGACCCAAGUGUUGCAGCCAUCGUUCUCACAGGCAGCGAGAAAGCCUUUGCUGCAGGUGCUGACAUCAAGGAGAUGCAAAACAAAACUUUUGUGGACUGUUACUUCCAUAGCUUUUUGGAGGGAUGGGAUGGUAUCACUAAGAUCAAGAAGCCUGUCAUUGCAGCCGUCAAUGGCUAUGCUCUUGGGGGAGGCUGUGAGAUGGCCAUGAUGUGUGAUAUUAUCUUGGCAGGGGAGAAGGCCAGGUUUGGCCAGCCAGAGAUUGCUCUUGGCACAAUCCCAGGAGCAGGGGGCACCCAGCGCCUGACACGUGCCAUUGGCAAGUCUCGUGCCAUGCAAAUGUGCCUGACAGGGGAUCCCAUCAACGCACAGCAAGCCAGUGCCUGGGGGCUUGUGAGUGCAGUGUAUCCUCCAGACCAGCUGGUGGCUGAGGCAGUAAAGCUUGGGGAGAGGAUUGCCCAGCACUCAAAGCUGACUGUGGCCAUUUGCAAAGAGUCUGUCAACAAUGCUCAAGAACUCUCCCUGCAGGAAGGACUACAUUUUGAAAAGAAGCUGUUCUAUGCUACAUUUGCCACAAAUGAUCGCAAAGAGGGUAUGACUGCAUUUGUUGAAAAGAGGAAAGCAACAUUCACAGACAGUUAAGAUACUGGCUACAGGAGCCCCUGUUUAGCUGCUCGAAGCUUCUGUCUUGACUUGCUGAAAGCGUCGAGCACUGCAAUAGUGGACAGCUGCCAGCCAGGAGGAGCCUCAGGAAGUACUUGUAAAUCUGGAUGGAGUAGGGAGACUUCUCAACAGGCUGCAGUGGCUUUGGCAUGAUUUAGCCGUAGCAUUAAAAGUCAAACACAAAAGUUUAAGAACUUUUAUAUUGUAUAUUUUUUAUCCUAUACCUGAUAAUGAUAUCAUUUUAUAGCUGUUCUUCAACAAGGAUAAUUCACAUAUGACAGUAUAUCCGGUUUCACUAAAACACAAAAUUUUAUAGUUUCUGGAGUGUAAUUCAAGCAGCAAAAUCAUGUAAAGAAAAAGAUGUCACAAAGUAUUGAACACUCACCUUUCUCAAUAAAAUCUGCUUGUGC